GAGAAAGACAUGAAAUUUUACAUCUUGAAGAGCUUGUUAGGGGUACCUCCGAUGACCUUAGCAACGCUAAAUAAACUCUAAAAAAAUCAUAAUAAGAUCCAUACAACACAAUCUCCUAAAUGGUAAAAAAAAUUUAAAAAUAACUCAAACGCACCAAACAAUAACAAAGAUUGGCCAAAGGAACGGCGGAACCUUCAAAAACCACGUCAAUAGUGGUUUCAGCGUUCAUUGAUACUUCGAAACAGCGGAGCGACGACGGUGGAAACGACACGACUGACGUUGGAAGAGACGUGAAGAAUGACCGGCGGCGCCGCCUCUUGGUGGACCUCCGGUGGCCGUUGAACGGCGAACGACGGUGGAGUCGUCAAGAGGGUUUGGUCGUUGAUCGGUGGCCGUUGCACGGAACGCCGGCAAAAGGACAUGGCAGCAAGAGCGACCCGUCACGGUGAUCGGUGGCCGUUGCGGGAAGAAUGACCGGCGUGAAGAGCCGCCAAGGUGGUCGGUGGGAAGAUCGGAGAAGAUGAUCGUCGGCGCCGCUGUGGGUGGACCUCCGGUGGACGGUGGCAAGGGGGACGACUGACGGGGCUGGGAGGGUUUCGUGAGGGUUUCGUUCUCUCUCUAGGUUUCUUUCUCAAAAUCCUUCAAAUGAAUCUGAAUUUGGAAACUAGACGCUGAACCAAUUUCUGCCCCUGCCCGCAACCGUCCACGUCAUUUAAAUUUUUUUUUUUUUUCAAAAUGUUGAACCAAUGACAUGCUGACACAUAGUAGGUGUCAAAAUUUUGUCAAAUCUUGUUUGUGAAAGUAUCAUUUUCCUAAAUAAUAAUGUCAAAAUAUUUAUUUCCUGAAUUAUUUAGAAGAAGUUGGUGAAGUCAAAAAGCUUUAUCCCCAUUACUCUUCUUCCACACAUCUUCUCCUUGGACUGUUGAAAUCUAAGAGCAUGUCGAAACCUCACAUCCUCGUAUUUCCAUACCCAGCGCAGGGUCACAUUCUUCCACUCCUCGACCUCACUCGUCACCUGGCCCUCGCAGGCAUAACAAUCACCAUCAUUAUCACUCCCAAAAACCUUCCCAUUCUCAACUCUCUCCUAUCCUCCCAUCCAAACAACAUCCAAACCCUCGUCCUCCCAUUCCCGCCGCACCCCGAAAUCCCCGCCGCUGUAGAACAUAUUCGUGAGAUCGGCAACACCGGAAACUACCCCUUCAUCAAUGCCCUCUCCAAACUCCAACCCCAAAUAAUCCACUGGUUCACCACACACCCUAAGCCUCCUGCAGCCCUCAUCCACGAUUUCUUCCUCGGCUGGACUCACCAACUCGCCGCCCAACUCAACAUCCCCAGGAUCUCGUUUUACUGCGUCGCUGCCUUCUUCACCACCGUCUUCACGCGCUGCUGGCACAAUUCAAACAUACUGACUAACAAUAGCGACAUUCUCUUUCAUGGAAUUCCCGGACAGCCGUCGUUUAAGCGGGGCCACCUUCCUUCAGUGUUCCUCCGCUACAGGGAAUCAGAGCCGGACUCGGAGUUCGUUAAGGAGAGUUUUCUUUCCAACGAUGCUGCAUGGGCCUGCGUCUUCGACACGUUCCGCAGGCUGGAGAGUCCCUAUUUGGACCACAUCCGGGCCGAGCUCGGCCAUUUGCGGGUCUACGCGGUUGGGCCCCUGGGCUCUAAACGGUCCGAAAAUUAUUCAAGCACGGGAUCCCAUGUUCUAGAUUGGCUCGAUGCGUUUGAGGAAGAGGGUUCGGUGUUGUACGUGUGUUUCGGGAGUCAGAAGUUGUUAAAGAACAAACAAAUGGAAGCGUUAGCGAUGGGGUUGGAGAGAUCCCAAACGAGAUUCGUUUGGGUUGCACCGACGCCAAACAAGGAACAAAUGGAACGGGGUUACGGGUUGGUUCCGGAUGGAUUUGUCGAUCGGGUUUCGGGUCGAGGAAUAGUGGUUACGGGUUGGGCCCCACAGGUGGCGAUACUGAGCCACCGGGUUGUGGGGGGAUUUGUGAGCCACUGCGGGUGGAACUCGGUAAUGGAGGCAAUGGUGAGUGGGGUUGUUAUUAUAGGGUGGCCGAUGGAGGCGGAUCAAUUUUUGAACGCGAGGCUGUUGGUGGAGGAAACAGGGGUGGCGGUUCGACUGUGUGAGGGGGCGGAUUCUGUGCCCGAUCCAAAUGAGUUGAGUAGGGUUGUGAAGAGGGUUAUGAGUGGGGAGAGUCCCGAAAAGCGAAGAGCGAAGUUAAUGAGAGAGGAAAGUGUUAGGGCUGUGAGUGAAGGUGGAGAUUCUUCCAUGGAAGUGGAUCAGCUCGUUGAAGCGCUGCUGCAGCUUGGGGAAAACAAGGAUCAUGAAAUCAAAUUGUAGAGUGUUACACGAGUGAUUGAAAACAUUUAAACAGCUUUUGUAGUUUAAGAAAUUGAAUAAGAAGAAUGCAUAUGUUUUGCUUUA